AUGAUCUUAAAGGAAAAAUUGCCGGAUUCAACUAAAGUCCAUCUCACUUUAACCUCAAAGGAACAUUCCAAUGGCACUGUGAAUUCAGGAUUUUUAUCUCACGUAAAAUAUGGGAUUCCCGUCAAAGAGUUCGUGAAACGUGGCGAUUAUGUUCAUGCUAUGUUUGAGUCACUCGCCCGUAAAAUGAACAGUGCUCAAAAUAUGAAUCCAGCGAUUGGGUUCAAUGCAACUCUCACGUUUAUUACCUACCCUGAAAAAGGUGGUAAAGGUCCAGCUUCUAAAAAUCCAAACAGAUUGCCAUUUGAUUUGAUGCACAAAAAGAAAAAUUGUAUGAUCAAGAUCAAAAACACAGAUGAUUUAUGUUGUGCCCGUGCCCUCGUAACGAUGAAAGAGUACGUGGAUGGAGACCCAGACAAACAAUAUAGAAAUCUACGUGAUGGCAGACCCAUUCAAGAACGCCUAGCCAAGCAGCUUCACCAAGAUGCAAUUGUACCUGAGGGACCCUGUGGCUAUGACGAACUAGAAAAAUUGCAAGCGUUUCUAGGACCCCAAGGCUACAAAAUCAUCGUGGUAGAUUACGUCUCUUGUGCCUGUAUUUUUCAAGGCAAUGUGGAUCAGUAUAGCAAAGUCAUUUAUUUGCUUAAACACGACAAUCAUUACAAUGGCUUACGAAGCAUGGCCGCCUUUCUGAAUCGAUCCUACUUCUGCCCUGAUUGCUGUAAAGGGUUCAACACAGAUGACACAGCAAGCCAUUCUUGUAGUGGUCGUAAUUGCUGUAGUUGUCAGCGCACACGUUCUCAGAAAAAUAGUGGUGGCUGCCCAGAUUUUUCCCCAGGAAAAAAGAGAACCAUUCACUGUAAAGACUGCCAGCGGGAUUUCUAUGGUCCAGACUGUUUCAAGGCUCAUAAAGAAACAAAAGGCAAGAAAAAAGUGAGUCUUUGUCAGAAGCUAAAAAAGUGUUUAAAAUGCUGUAAAGGUUAUAAAGUCAAUCCAAAGAAGCCACACAAAUGCUACCAUGACACUUGCCGUUACUGCCAUGAAUUUGUUGAAAUAUACAAUCACAAAUGUUACAUCCAACGUGUUAAAGAGGUAGAUGAUGAGGAACACGAUGAUGAUGAUGAUGAUGACGAGGAAAAGAAGCUACCACCUCUCAUGGUGUUUGCUGACAUCGAAUGUUUGAUAGAACCCACAGAGCAGGGAAAGCAGUUAUUCAUAGCAGAUUUGGUUCGAUAUGCUACUGAAGAAGAUCCACACAAUGUUUCUCAUGCCUUUAGUGGCGAAACCUGCAUUCAAAAGUUUAUUGACGCAAUGAAUCAACUAACAGAAGUGGGAGACAAACAGCGCGAUUUAUUUAUAAUUUUUCACAACCUCAAGGGUUUUGAUAGCAACUUUAUCAUCGAGGAACUUUACCGUCAGGGUAUUAAGGUGGAAAACCAGCUGACGACGGGCGCCAAAACCCUGAAGUUUCAUUACUGGUAUCUGGACGCCAUGAUUACCUUCAAAGAUUCACUUUGUUUUCUCCCAAUGCCACUGGCCGAGUUGCCUGAAACAUUCAAUUUCGUCGAGCUUCAUAAAGGUUUCUUUCCGCAUGCGUUCCAUACAAGAGAGAGUUUAACUUACAGGGGUCGUCUACCGGCAAGACACUAUUUUUAG